CUUCUGAUUGAAUCAGCCUUGUUAUCAUUCUAACACCAGUCCAGAACAGCAACGCGCGGAAAUACGGACACUCGGGUCCUAAGCCCAACUACACCGAGUCAGCCGCUUGCAGAGCCAACAAAUACGACAUUGGCUGGCCUGGCACUUGUGAUGUAAACACGUGGAGUUGAUCAAUCACAGAGCUGAGAAGAGUACACAAGACAUUCUUCUGAUCAGAGAAGAUCAAAGCUCUCGCAGGUUAGAACUCGCAGACUGACUUGCAAAAUCCGUGUAUAUGUCCGAAACCUUCAUUGCUUAAUCAUGUUGACAGCGUGCUUGAGACUACAGGCCGGCAGACAUAUAAAAGAACUGUGUGGGUUGAUGUCUUCGCUCAACACCGAGAACUGGCAGCCAUCUCUCCUUCUCAAUUGCAGUGGAAGAAAGCCUCUAUCCACCGCACUCUCACCCAAAAAUGUCUAGCAAUGGAAAGCCACCAGUCUGGUUUAUCACCGGAUCGUCGGCUGGCUUGGGGCUCGCUUUGACUCGAUAUGCCAUUGAAAAUGGCCACAUUGUCAUCGCAUCAUCGCGCAACCCUUCAAAGACGCCAGAGUUGGUAUCGGAGGUUGAGGAUAGCGGCGGGAAAUGGAUCACCCUUGACGCGACACAGCCAGAAGAAGAAAUCAGGACGACAAUACAAUCUGCAGAAUCGCUCUUUGGCGGCAUUGACAUACUCGUUAACAAUGCGGGGAUCAGUGUUCUCGGUGCUUUGGAGGAUAUACCUGACGCCGAUACUGUCCUCCAGAUGCGAGUCAAUUUUCUCGGGCCAUUGAGGAUUAUGCAAGCUGUUCUUCCUCAGAUGAGAAAACGAAGAUCUGGGGUUAUCAUGAAUGUCUCCAGCACACAGGGCGUCGCCCCGGGCCUUGCGUGCGGCGUCUAUGCAGCAAGCAAGGCUGCACUGGAAGCUGCAUCCGAGUCUUGCAGCCAGGAAGUUGUACAAUUUGGGAUCAGAGUUCUCAUCAUUGUACCGGGGGCAUACAGAACCGAGUUCGGCAGUUCGAGCACAGGGAAACACAUACAGCCAUCAGUGGAAUAUGGCGGUGGCCAUCCAGUAACUCAAAGGCUUCAGCUCAUUUCAACAUUGCCCAAGGUUGCGAUUGGAGACCCUAGCAAGGCCGCUCAAGUGAUGUUUGAGGCUGCAACAGGACAAGGCGAAGCCGGAGAGCUUAUCAAGAGAGAAAACUUGCUGAGGGUGAUCAUUGGCCCAGAUUCUUGGAAAGGGGUCGACAAAAAGGUCACUGAACUACGAAGAACCACAGACCUUCUCAAAGAGGUCGCAGCAAGUACAAACUUUUAGGAGCCCUGGCGGGUGAGUGUCGGCGCCGAGUCAUCAAACAUGUGUUCUCGAAGGAGCCUGGUAGCAUAUUCGCCUCGUCCAAGGUGAUGAUCUUCAGCAUAGGACUCGAGCAUCUGAACCGGCUGCUUUUGCGGUGCAGACAAUGGCCGCUGUGCCUCUCCGGCG